GUCUUGGCCCAUGGGCCGCCACGUCCGCAUGACAAUCACGCUACCCUCCCCGUCCCGAAUACCGAAGCCUCCAGAACACGGGGGGACCGCCUCCUGGGCCCCACAUGUCAUUCUCACACCCUCCGUCUCCGGCGAGCUCCCCCUCCCUAUAAAUCCCGCCUCCCCCAUUUCUCCGGUCAUCUCGCCGCCAAUAGCUCGCCGCCGUCGAAACCCAAAAUCUUCUCUUCCCGUACGUGAGAAGCGCCAGGUCGUCGUCGCCGCCAUGGGCGUGGAGGUGUGCGUCAAGGCCGCCGUCGGCCACCCGGACACGCUCGGCGACUGUCCAUUCUCGCAGAGGGUGCUGCUGACUCUGGAGGAGAAGAAGGUGCCCUACGAGAUGAAGCUCAUCGACGUCCAGAACAAGCCCGACUGGUUUCUGAAGAUCAGCCCAGAGGGGAAGGUGCCUGUGUUUAACGGUGGUGAUGGCAAAUGGAUUCCUGAUUCUGAUGUGAUCACUCAAGUCAUUGAGGAGAAGUACCCAACCCCGUCUCUUGUCACCCCUCCUGAGUAUGCAUCAGUGGGAUCAAAAAUUUUCUCAUGCUUCACAACGUUCUUGAAGAGCAAGGAUCCAAAUGAUGGUUCAGAGAAGGCACUUCUUACUGAACUGCAGGCACUCGAGGAGCAUCUGAAAGCUCAUGGCCCCUUUAUCAACGGGCAGAACAUUUCAGCUGCUGACCUUAGCCUGGCACCAAAGCUCUACCAUCUCCAGGUUGCUCUGGAGCAUUUCAAAGGCUGGAAGAUCCCGGAAGACCUAACCAAUGUUCAUGCUUACACAGAGGCUCUGUUUAGCCGCGAAUCUUUCAUCAAGACGAAGGCAGCUAAGGAGCACCUGAUUGCUGGAUGGGCACCAAAAGUGAAUGCGUAAGAGCCUGCCCUUAUGCUCUGGUGCUGCUUGGACACCAUGCUGUUUAUCUGAUCGGUCCAUGUCAGUGGUGGGCACUACUACUACUCUUGUGUAGCUUGGGUGCAUGAUUGGGUUGGAAUAAUGUAGCCUCAUCCGUUGAGUACCUUGAUAUGGUUGUUGCAAGUGUGCACUUUUUCUAUGAACUAUCUCCUGCUGGCUUAAGUCGAAACCGUGGGUCGGUUUGGCCUUAUGUUCAACUAAGAGAGUGCAUAUACUGUAAUGGAACCUUUGCUAGUACAAUAUGUUAUAUGAAUAAUGGAGAUGCAGCCUGCAGCUGCUCUUGCUUGGAGCUUAUGAUCAGUA